AAGGCAAGGGGACCCCGGGAAUUCCUGUCAUUGGUUCAAAGAGAGAGAGAGAGAGAGAGAAAUUUUCUCUCUCCUAAGCCUAAAACCCUGGCUGUGCUCUUUCUCUCUCUAGAUUUCCUCCCUUAAUCAAAAUUAAACAUAAAUAAUAACUCGUUUCCUUUUUGGCUUGUCUCUCCCUAUUUCUUGAUCUGCAAAAGAUAUUGUCUACUCUUUUUCAAUGGUUUUCGCAAGUGGGUUUGUUUUUUUGGGUUUGUUGAUUUUGAAUUGAAGAUGAACCAGCCUCCAGAUUCAAGGUUCUAAAGCAAGGAACUGUGAAUCAGUGGCUGCAUUAAUAUCCACCAGGGAAGGCUAGAUUUGGAGCUUCUCUUUGUUUGACAGUUGGGCGCUGGUUGCUUUUUAAAGCUUGAUUCUAAGAGAUGGCAGGGGGUAGGAUAAGAGCAAGGAUCCGGCGGAGUCAUCUCUAUACAUUCUCAUGUCUUAGGCCAAGUGCUACUGAAGAGGGGCCACAUUCUAUCGAAGGGCCUGGAUACUCAAGAAUUGUGCAUUGCAACCAACCUCUUAUGCACAAGAAAAAACCUUUAAAUUACCGGUCGAAUUACAUAUCCACAACCAAAUAUAAUUUUCUCACUUUCUUGCCAAAAGCUUUGUAUGAACAAUUCCACCGAGUUGCCAAUUUGUACUUCCUUGGAGCUGCAAUUAUUUCAGUUACACCCCUUUCGCCAUUUUCUGCUGUGAGCAUGAUAGCCCCCUUGGCCUUUGUUGUAGGGCUUAGCAUGGCAAAGGAAGCUUUGGAGGAUUGGCGAAGGUUUAUGCAAGAUAUGAAGGUUAAUACUCGGAAAGUAAACGUUCAUAAAGAGGAAGGCAUUUUUGGUAAUAAGUCGUGGCAGAAGGUUCAGGUUGGAGAUGUGGUGAAAGUGGAAAAGGAUCAGUUUUUUCCAGCAGAUUUACUACUCUUGUCAUCAAGUUAUGAGGAUGGAAUUUGUUACGUGGAGACUAUGAAUUUAGAUGGUGAGACAAACUUGAAGGUAAAGAGAGCUUUGGAGGUAACCUUGCCUUUGGAUGAUGAUGAAGCUUUCAAGAACUUCACAGGAACAAUUAAAUGUGAAGAUCCGAACCCCAGCCUUUACACCUUUGUUGGUAAUCUUGAAUAUGAACGUCAACUCUAUCCUCUUGACCCUAGCCAGAUUCUCCUUAGAGAUUCAAAGCUGCGCAAUACAGCUUUUGUCUACGGGGUUGUGAUUUUCACUGGUCAUGAUAGCAAAGUCAUGCAGAAUGCCACGAAGUCCCCUUCAAAGAGAAGCAGAAUAGAAAGGAAAAUGGAUUAUAUAAUAUAUGUUCUUUUCAGCUUCCUUCUGGUGAUCUCGUUGAUCAGCUCCAUAGGCUUUGCUGUGAAAACAAAGUUCUACAUGCCAGACUGGUGGUAUCUGCAACCCCAGAGUACAGAUGAUUAUUAUAAUCCAGAAAAGCCUGUUGUAUCAGGGGUUACACAUCUGGUCACCGCCCUCAUGCUUUAUGGCUAUUUAAUACCUAUUUCACUUUAUGUUUCGAUUGAGGUGGUGAAGGUUUUGCAAGCAACCUUUAUUAAUCAAGACAUACAAAUGUAUGAUGAAGAAACAGGGAAUCCUGCUCAAGCACGGACAUCAAAUUUAAAUGAGGAGUUGGGUCAGGUGGAUACAAUCCUAUCGGACAAAACAGGCACUUUGACCUGCAAUCAGAUGGAUUUUCUUAAAUGUUCCAUUGCUGGUACUGCAUAUGGUGUGCGCUCUAGUGAAGUUGAACUUGCUGCUGCACAACAGAUGGCUAUUGACCUUGAGGAUCAGGAUGUAGAAAGAUCAACUGUUUCCAGGCAAAAAGGCAAACAACAAGAAAUUGAACUGGAGACUGUUGUUACUUCCAAAGAUGAAAAGAAUUAUAAAUCUCCCAUAAAAGGGUUUAGCUUUGAGGACAGCCGCAUCAUGAAAGGGAACUGGUUGAAAGAGCCUAAAGCAGACGUCAUUAAGUUAUUUUUCCGAAUAUUAGCAAUUUGUCACACUGCUAUCCCUGAGCUGAAUGAAGAGACCAGCAGUUAUACAUAUGAAGCAGAGUCACCUGAUGAAGGAGCCUUUCUUGUGGCAGCCAGAGAAUUUGGUUUUGAGUUUUUUAAAAGAACACAAUCAAGUGUGUUUAUCCAUGAAAGAUAUUCGUCUUCAGGACAACCAAUUGAAAGGGAGUUCAAAAUUCUAAAUAUGUUGGAAUUUACGAGCAAAAGAAAGCGGAUGACAGUAAUUGUGAGGGAUGAAGAUGGGCAGAUUCUUCUCCUGUGUAAAGGUGCUGACAGCAUUAUUUUUGAUCGGUUAUCAAAGAAUGGAAAAAUGUAUGAGGAAGAUACUACUAGGCAUUUGAAUGAGUAUGGAGAAGCCGGCUUACGUACAUUGGCGCUCGCUUAUAGAAAGCUCGAAGAGUCUGAGUAUUCUGCAUGGAACAAUGAAUUUCAGAAAGCAAAAACUUCUAUUGGGGCUGAUAGAGAGGCAAUGCUUGAAAAGGUGGCAGAUAUGAUGGAGAGAGAGUUGAUUCUCAUUGGUGCUACUGCUGUGGAAGACAAAUUGCAAAAGGGGGUACCACAAUGUAUAGAUAAACUUGCACAAGCUGGUCUGAAGAUCUGGGUUUUGACCGGGGACAAGAUGGAAACUGCUAUAAACAUAGGAUAUGCUUGCAGUUUACUAAGACAAGGCAUGAAGCAGAUCUGUAUUACAGCAAUUAGUUCAGAUGCCAAAGAGACUGCGUUGCUUUUUGUUACCGAUCAGGUAGUUAAGGAGAAUAUACUGAUGCAAAUUACCAAUGCUUCACAAAUGAUCAAACUAGAAAAAGAUCCACAUGCUGCAUUUGCUUUGAUCAUUGAUGGGAAGACUCUAGCAUAUGCCUUGGGGGAUGAUAUGAAGCAGCAAUUCUUAGGCUUAGCGGUUGAUUGUGCAUCUGUCAUAUGCUGUCGUGUGUCUCCCAAGCAGAAGGCACUAGUAACAAGACUAGUAAAAGAAGGAACUGGGAAAACCACCUUAGCAAUUGGCGAUGGUGCAAAUGAUGUUGGAAUGAUUCAAGAAGCUGACAUUGGUGUCGGCAUCAGUGGCGUGGAAGGUAUGCAGGCUGUAAUGGCCAGUGACUUCUCUGUUGCCCAAUUUCGUUUCUUGGAAAGACUUCUUGUUGUCCAUGGACACUGGUGUUAUAAGAGGAUUGCACAGAUGGUUUGCUAUUUCUUCUACAAGAAUAUAGCAUUUGGCCUCACCCUCUUCUAUUUUGAGGCAUUCACAGGCUUUUCUGGACAAUCAGUUUAUGACGACUGGUACAUGUUAUUGUUCAAUGUCGUUCUUACUUCAUUGCCUGUAAUCUCACUAGGAGUUUUUGAGCAAGAUGUUUCUUCCGAGGUCUGCUUACAGUUUCCUGCAUUAUAUCAGCAAGGACCUAGAAAUUUGUUUUUUGACUGGUAUAGAAUACUUGGAUGGAUGGGCAAUGGUCUAUAUUCCUCUCUCAUCAUUUUCUUCCUCAAUAUUAUCAUCUUCUAUGACCAAGCUUUCCGUGCUGGAGGCCAGACUGCUGAUAUGGCUGCCUUGGGCACGACAAUGUUCACUUGCAUCAUUUGGGCUCUCAAUUGCCAGAUUGCACUCACUAUGAGCCACUUCACAUGGAUCCAACACCUCUUCAUAUGGGGCAGCAUUGUCACUUGGUAUUUGUUUCUCUUUAUUUAUGGCAUGGUAUCUCCCACUAUUUCUGGUAAUGCCUACCAAAUUCUAGUGGAAGCUCUUGCUCCUGCACCCAUCUAUUGGUCAGCCACCCUCUUAGUAACAGUUGCUUGUAAUCUCCCAUACAUGGCCCAUAUAUCUUUCCAGAGAUGUUUCCACCCAUUGGAUCAUCAUAUCAUCCAAGAGAUCAAGUACUAUAGGAAAGACGUUGAGGAUCAACGCAUGUGGAGUAGGGAGCGAUCAAAGGCAAGACAGAAAACCAAGAUCGGGUUCACAGCACGGGUAGAUGCAAAGAUCAGGCAGUUAAGAGGGAGAUUGCAAAGAAAACAACCGUCUUUGGAAACGCAUAGUCCAAUGUCUCCAUCAUAA